UCACUCAAUUUGUUAGAAAGUUACUCCAUUUUGGUUAUAUAUAUUCAAUGCUUAAGGAUUUGAGUCUGUAAGAUUGAAUUUUUAUGCAGAAAUGGAAGCUGAUAUCAGUGAGAAGUUGUUGAGUGAAGUGCAAGCUGUGGAGGAUGGUGAAAAGGAAGUGAAUUUCAAGGAGAAGUUAUGGAACGAGACGAAGAAGAUGUGGGUGAUUGCUGCUCCAGCCAUGUUCACAAAGUUUUCGACGUUUGGAGUAACUGUUAUUACUCACUCAUUUGUUGGUCGUAUUGGACCUAAUGAACUUGCUGCUUAUGCUUUAGUCAGUACUGUCCUCCUGAGAUUUGGCAAUGGCAUUCUGAUGGGAAUGGCAAGUGGAUUAGAAACUUUAUGUGGACAAUCGUAUGGUGCAAAACAAUAUCACAUGCUUGGGAUUUAUCUCCAAAGAUCUUGGAUCGUCUUGACAGUAACCACAACCCUGCUUUUACCACUCUAUAUCUUCACCACGCCAAUCCUAAAAGCUUUAGGACAGAAUGAAGAUAUAGCAAAAGAGGCCGGGCUCAUUUCUUUAUGGUUAAUACCGGUGACUUACUCCUUCGUUGCAUCAUAUACAUGUCAAAUGUUCUUACAAGCUCAAAGCAAGAACAAGAUUAUUACAUACUUGGCAGCUUGUACCUUAGCUAUCCACAUUUCCCUCUCCUGGCUUUUAACUGUGAAGUUUAAGUUUGGAAUCACCGGUGCCAUGAUAUCUACAAUUUUGGCAUACUGGCUUCCCAAUGUUGGUCAGUUAAUGUUCGUAAUGUGUGGAGGAUGCAAAGAAACUUGGAAAGGCUUUACAUGUUUGGCAUUCAAGGAUCUUUGGCCUGUAAUCAAGCUUUCUUUGUCUUCUGGUGCCAUGCUUUGCCUUGAAUUCUGGUACAAUAGUAUACUAGUUCUUAUUACAGGAAACUUGAAAAAUGCUAUGGUUCAGAUUGGUGCUCUUUCUAUAUGCCUUAACAUCAAUGCUUGGGAAAUGAUGAUAUCUCUUGGUUUCUUAGCUGCAGCAUGUGUACGAGUGUCAAAUGAGUUGGGAAGAGGGAGCGCGAAAGCAGCAAGCUUUUCAAUAUGGAAUACAGCAACAACAUCAUUUGUCAUUGGGUUCAUUCUGUUUCUGUUCUUUCUGUUCUUGCGUGGACGUCUGUCUUACUUAUUCACUGACAGUCCAGAUGUGGCUAAAGAAGUCGAAAAAUUGUCUCCUCUAUUAGCAUUUUCCAUACUCAUGAACAGUAUUCAACCAGUUCUCUCUGGUGUUGCUGUUGGCGCCGGAUGGCAGAGCAUUGUAGCCUAUGUUAACAUAGGCUGCUAUUAUUUAGUAGGCAUUCCAGUUGGAGUUGUACUUGGUUAUGUUUUCAAACUGCAAGUUAAAGGUGUUUGGGUUGGAAUGAUUUUUGGUACACUGGUGCAGACAAUUGUACUACUUAUAAUCACAUUGAAAACAGAUUGGAAUAAACAGGUUUUAAUUGCUCAACAGAGAGUGAAGAGAUGGCUAGUAGAAGAUAAAACUAAUGAUGAUUCACAAACUGCUUGAUGUUGAAAAAUUCCUAAGCUUUUUUGAUCAUGUAAUUUCAUGAGCAUUAAAUUCUUAUCAUAUGAUAUAGAAUUUUAGAUGUAUCAAUAGAAAAACAAUUACAUUUUCAAC